AAGUAAUGACAGAGCAUGGGAUCCGGGGAAAACACUAAAGAUGACAGACAGUGCAGCCUGAAGGAGGAAGUGUAUAGCAGGGCCUGCAGCCUGCCCCGCCGGAGCCGGCCCGUACAGCCGCACAACGGGGCUGCAAGCAGUGCUUGGCACGACGGGCGCUGUCACUCCACCCGGGGUCCCGGCGGCACCGCUCUCCUCGGGGCGGGAGAACCUCCGCAGCCCACUGGGCCAAACCUGUCUCCCCCCCCGGGGAAGAGGCGGUGGGAGGACGUGCCCGCCUCUCUGAGCCCCGGCCGCAACCUCGUGUCCCCGCCCGGCAGCCCCGAGGUGGAGGAAGCGCCGCGCAGUCAGAGGGAGGGAGCGGCCGCUUGUCCCACCGGCACAGACCUCGCCGCGCCGCUGCAGGACGCGCACUCGCUCCGCCGGCAGCUCCCCUCCUCCGCAAGCGGCCGCACGGCCCCUGCCCCCGGCUUGCCCAUGACAGGGACGCGAAGCCCCGAGGAGGGCUGUUCCUGCCGCAAUACGAACUGCUUGGAGCGGCCGCUGCGGCGGUUCUUCGAGGGGUUGGGGAGCAGCGUAGCCGCCUGCCCGUGGCCCUUCUUGCUAGUGCCGCUGCUGCUGUCGAGCGGGCUGGGCACCGGCUUCCUCUUCCUGCCCCUGCGGCAGGCGAACGACAUCGAGGGGCAGUUCACGCCUACGACAGGGCCCGCCAAGGCCGAUCGCAACUUGGUGUUGCAGCACUUCCCCACCGACGACUCGCAGCGCUUCUCCGCCGCGCGGCUGCCCACCGAGGGCGCUUACGCCGCCCUCAUCGCCGUGGCGGCGGGGGAGGGCUCGGUGCUGUCCCCGACGGCGCGGCAAAACGUGCUGCAGCUGGACAAGACCGUGCGCGCCCGCGGCUACGACCAGGUCUGCGCCCGCAGCCACGGCGUGUGCCAGAGCCCUAACCCGCUGCUGCCGCUGCUGGACGGGGCGGGGGCGGCCGCCCUGGGGGACCUCACCUUCCCCUCCAGCAACGGCACCUUCCUGGGAGCGGAUCUCGGCGGCGUGCAGACGGCUGCAGGAGGGCGGGUGGUGUCGGCCCGGGCCCUGAAGCUGGUGUAUCACCUGCAGGAGGACAGCCCCGCCGCGGCGGGCAGGAGCCGGCAGUGGCUGGAAAGAUUCCUAAAGGACAUCCCGGCGGCGUUGGGCUUCUCCUCCAUUCAGGUGACUUACUUCACCUCACUGUCCAGACAACAGGAGUUUGAAGGAAAUACCAAGAGCGUGAUUCCCUUCUUCUCUGUAACCUAUUUCUUGACAAUAACCUUUUCAAUCAUCUCUUGCCUAAGACUGAACUGUAUAAGAAAUAAUGUGUGGCUUGCAUGCUGUGGAGUACUAUCUGCUGGUUUAGCUGUACUAAGCAGCUUUGGACUGAUGCUCUUCUGUGGAGUGCCAUUUGUGGUCACGGUAGCAAACGCACCAUUUCUUAUUCUAGGAGUUGGUGUUGAUGACAUGUUCAUAAUGAUCGCUUCCUGGGAGCAAAGUUCAAGAAAGAAAAGGGAAUCUGAUGUUAAAGCUCUGAUGGCUGAGACGUACACAGAAGCAGCUCUUUCUGUGACCAUCACCACGCUCACAGAUGUUUUGGCCUUCUUCAUUGGCACCUGGACUGCUUUUCCAUCUGUGAGAUCAUUUUGCCUCUAUACAGGCACUGCUUUUGUCUUCUGCUAUAUAUAUACCAUGACCUUCUUUGGGGCAGUUAUUGUAUUAAAUCAUAAAAGGGAGCAAGGAAACCGACACUGGCUAACUUGUAUGCCUGUGAGAGUAGAUAAUGAUCAGGCUGAGAAGUCCUGCUUGUACAAUGCUUGCUGUAUAGGCAACUGUUCUAGUCAGUCAUCUCAGCUAGAAAGUGAACAUCCAAUGAGCAUAUUCUUUGAAAAGUAUUAUGGUCCUUUUUUGACAAAUAAGUGGGUCAAGCUACUUGUGGUGGUGGUGUACGGAGCAUAUUUGGGUGGCAGCAUUUAUGGAUGCACUCAGGUCAGGGAAGGCAUUGAUCUUCGAAAUCUGGCAAGUGAUGACUCUUAUGUUAUUCCAUACUACGAUGAUGAUGACAAAUACUUCUCAUCUUAUGGACCCAGGGUCAUGGUUGUCAUUCCUGAAAGUGUAGAUUACUGGAAUAAGACCGUUCGUCUUGUGAUUGAGAACUGCACACAGAAUUUAGAGGCUAUUUCCUAUGUAGACAAGAACCUCUCAGAGUCAUGGCUCAGAGUAUACACAGGACUUGGCAACAGUGGUUUGAUAAAUAUAAGCAGUAAGACUCUCUUCAUUACUAACUUACCUACACUGUUCGAAAGGGUUCCCAGUUUUAAGUGGGACAUUAACAUGACUCAGAAUAAAAUAGAAGCUUCACGCUUCUUUAUUCAGACAGUGAACGUGACCUCAGCUAUUGAUGAGAAAAAUCUUCUAAACCAGUUAAGAGAGACAGCCAAGCAGUGCAGUAUUCCAUUAAUGGUGUACCAUCCAGCCUUCAUCUACUAUGAUCAGUACCUCGUAAUAGUGCAGAACACCAUUCAGAAUGUUGUCAUUGCUGCUGGGGCAAUGCUUGUCAUCUCCCUUUUGCUUAUUCCCAACCCAUUGUGCUCCUUGUGGGUGACUUUUGCCAUAGCUUCUGUAAUAGUUGGCGUUGCUGGUUUCAUGACAUUUUGGGAUGUCAAUCUUGAUUCCAUAUCCAUGAUCAACCUGGUCAUUUGUAUAGGGUUUUCAGUAGAUUUUUCUGCUCAUAUUUCUUAUGCCUUUGUUACAAGUAGAGAGUCGUCAGCCAAUGGAAGGGCAAUCAAAGCUCUGUCUCUGCUAGGUUACCCAGUGUUACAAGGUGCAGUUUCUACUGUACUGGGAGUAGUUGUCCUGGCUGCAGCAAAAACCUACAUCUUCAGGACAUUCUUCAAGAUCAUGUUCCUUGUUAUUUCAUUUGGGGCUCUUCAUGGUCUUGUUUUUAUUCCCGUGUUCUUAACCAUUUUUGGAAGCUUUGGCAGGUCACCCCACAGUACCAAAUCUAAAGAGAGCUUAGAAGAUUGGGAGUGAGCUCCAUGUAAGAUACUAGGUAUUUAUUAUAUGUAGAGUAAAACGCUGUGACUUUCAGGGAAUAUAAGAAAUUGAGAACCUAAGGACAGAAAAAUAAACAACAGGGAAGCAAAGGCCUCAGAAAGGCCUGGCAAGAAAAUUAACAGACAAAAUGAAAAUGCACAGAAUCUCUUUUUUGUGUGCUUGUCUAUAACGCCUUAAUGUUGUUAAAUUAUUUUUUAUUGUGAUUUGUGUACUGAAUGUAUUUGGGCAGUGGUCAGUGUCUGUAGAUUCUAAUACAUUUGCCCCAGCUUGAUGGAAUUACCUUACAGGUUUGUCAGAAAUGUGCACAGGAGGGAAGAACAGCUCCCACUGGUUUGCAUUUCCUGCCUGUUGAACUUGAUACUGUAACUCAGGCCAGCAGAGCCUGAAGACAAUUUCUCUGAGGAGGCACAAACCUGAAGGUUUAACAGCAAGAUUACAGAGGGUCAGAACUGCCUUGGAUUGCAAUGAUUCAUAAACCUACAGGAGACAAAGGCUACUUAGGCUCCUAAUGCAGCACAAGACUCCCUUAGGGGAGGCAAAUGGACUCACAUUUUAUAUUUGAAUCCAUCUUUUGUAGGUGUCCUGUUUCCUUUCAAAGAUUAAAUAUGAUUUAGCUUUAAGAAGAUUGUGUAUAG